GAGGUCAGCUUUGGAGAGGACGGUGGAUGGCGAUACUUGGGGUAUGGUCCCUUGGGACCAUUCCGUUCGUCAUUUGGCUAAGUGGGUCAGGUGGCGGGUGCGACAUGGCAGUUGGUGGGAUUCCAUGGGCAUCUUGUUCCGUAUUAUGGAGCCUAUGUACGACCUGCUGCACAAGUUGGACCGCGGAGGGUUGCACAUAUCGCGCGUGGUUGAGUGGACACAGGAUCUGGCCCGCCAGGUAGCAGAGGAGGUUUGUGCACUUUCGGCAGAUCUUGCACACUACAUUGUGCAGAGGGUACAGGCUCGAUGCGCUCACAUGCUGGAGCCGGCGCACGCUGCUGCUCACCUUCUCUGUCCCAACCGGCGGGACUUGCGGUACUUCGAGGGCGUGGUCAGCGACUAUGACGCGAGCUUGGUGAGGGAGGCGGAGACUUACAUCUUGUCGCAGACGGGGUUCAGUGUGGCGAGCCGCGACUACGAGACCGCAUGUGCACAGUUGCGCUACUUCCACACAAGGGGGACGAUUGCUUGGGGGGGGAGAGACGGAGAGAGAGAUGCACAGAGGUGCAGGGGCGAUGCGGAGACGUACGAGUCCGGGUGUUGGUGGUCGAGGUACGGGCAGUGCGCCCCGCAGUUGCAGGUUAUCGCUCUUCGUGUGAUGUACAUGUGGACGUGCUCCUCUCCUGCGGAGAGGAAUUGGGCCGUCCACAAGGGUGUACAGACGAAGAAGCGUAACCGGCUUGAGUUCGAGAAGGUCGCGAAGUUGGUUGAGAUCUCAGCCAACGUCCACCUUCUCUCUCAUCAGCGGGCAGGCCGCGGGUUCACGCUGCCAUGGACUCUAGAUGAGUCGUUGUUGGACGUGGGAGGAGCUAUUGGGAUUUGCCCCUCGUGGAAGGGGACGGAUGAGAGCAGGACGCAGGAGGAGGUCGAGGAUCAGAGACGUUCAUGGCAGCGAGACCCAUGUGGGUCCAAAGCUCCUCCGGGUGAUGUGGGCGAUGUUUUUGGGACUCGAGCCGCCACAUUGCACCCGUACCCUCGAGACGACAGUGAUUCUGAGGGUCACGAGGACGAGGACGAGCCGGCGGGCCCCGCUACCGCCACUCCUGCGGCGGAUGAGCGUGAUGAGUGGAGCGACCCUGAGGACGUCCGUAGACGGACUGGCGGAGAUGACCUUUUCGUUCGAGUUGAUUUGGAGGAGGAGUCUGGGGGUCGUCAUGGGAGCCCUUUAGAGCGUCCGAGGUCUACUUCCACUGCCCCGCUUCCCGCUGAGCGGGAAAGAGAUCCUGGGUCUGCACCUUCGAGGGGGGCAGAGUCGGGGAUUGGCCAUCGUCCUCUGGGUUGCUCUGGCACGGCAUCAUCCACCGCUGUUCCCACUUCGACGGAGCAGCUUCAUCGACUGCCAGCCGGUGCAGAUCGAUUGCAGAGAUUGGGGUUGGUUGGUGGAGAUGGUGGUGCGCUGGCUGGAGGUGGAGGCGGUGCCGAGGUUGAUGCGGCGGUUGAGGGGAUACCGAUGGGCGGCGGAGGCGGUUUCAGUGAGUUUGGCGACAUGGGUAUGCCCCCGGGAGAGAGCGUGGGACUGGCCCAAGGAGAGAGCGAGUCCCGUGGGGACAUCAGUGUGGGUAUGCAGGACUUACUGGGACAGAUCAGCUUCGCGGACCCGAGUAGUUUCUCGCCUGCCAUGCGCGCAGAGGUGAUGUUGGGGGCAGAGGGGGAUGAGGACCGGACACGCCCUGGAGAGACAUCUGCAGAGAGGCUGGAUAGGCUUGAUAGUCAUCGAGCGUGCCUCAUGGCACAAAGGGACCCCAGGACGCAAAAGCUCGCCUGUCUUGCGGCUGAGGACCGACGGAGGCAGCUGGGGACAUUUACGCCGGCGUCCGUUGACGUGGGGCCAGCUGCCCACACGGAUACUUUGGCAGAGGUUCACGACACGACGCAGCGGGAGGCGGCUUCGACAGAGGUCUCGAGUACGGGAGUAGAUGUUCAGCAGGGGACGCACGAGAGCGGGUUGGCACCGACAGAGGAGCCACGUUCGGAGUCGGCGCAGCCUCCUGCCGUCCAGCCGAGGCAGUCAGUGGGCGUUGAUGAUAUUCGCCCAUCGGCACAGGCGGAGGGGAUAGCGCCGACCACCGGGGGGGACGGGGCCGCAGCGGGGGCCGUUGGUGUUGGCGGGUUGGGGGUGAUGUCCUCGGACGAUCCGAUGUCCACGUCUGGCGGGGGAGACCCCGCACAGGUGGACAGGCGUGACACGGACGGACAGGAGAUGCCACAGACUUUGGUGGUUCGCACUGCUGUGGGGCCAGUGGUGCCACAUCAGGCACCGUUUUUGGAGGUGCCAUCCGGCGGGGCUGCAGGGGGCUUACCUUCUGGUGGUUCCGUCGCAGCGGCAUCGGGUGGGGCCGCAGCGGACUUACCUUCUGGAGGUUCGGUCGCAGCGCCAUCUGGAGGCGCUGCAGGCCCUUCGUCACCCUUGACCGCAGCUCCGAGGGAGGGCGACAGUCUCACCCCGAGGUCGGUUGCCCGUAGACGGAGAGACAAUACACAGCGUGCGUGGGAGUUGCUGGACACCAUGUUGUUCGGUCGCACAGAUCGACCAUGGAGUGAGACGAGACGGGUGACGACGGCGAGUGCCGGUCGUCAGCCAGGUUUGAGAGGGGUUUCCACGAGCGCGAGACGUCGAGAUGUUGUAGCUUCAAGGUUUGGCGGUAGAGGGGGUGGCGGCGGUGGCAGUGGUGGCGACGACGACGGCAGACGUGAGGGCGCAGGCGGUGCCACGACGAGCGCAGUGGAUCCGUCGUGGACGUACGGUCAGAGAGAGGCGUCGAUUAUUUUGGGGGAGCCUGAUGUUGUUACACGACUGAGGCAGGCCCGACAUGUGCCUUAGAUCGACACCAGGAGGGGGAGACUUCAGGGACUGACGGUCUACCUAUGGCACGCGAGUCACGCCGACGUGAUGACCUAGCAGCAGCAGCCAUC